AAGUCAAGGCCUUAUCGCUGUAAAAGGUGCACUGUAAAUCGGUGACCAAGCUUUGAAAAUAAGGCUGUCUGCGGUGGCGUGGAUCGAGCGGACGACAAUGUUGAUGUUGUUGACAAUGUCACGAAUGAUGCUGUUGAUAGCGAGUGUUAUGCUGGGUAUGACUCCUCCAGUGAUAGAUGGACAGCUGAGUUUUUCGGCCUACGAUCGAGUGAUACAGAAUGGUGGAAAUAUUACUGUGCAGUGGAGAAAUCAGGGCCGCACUCAAACUGUAGGAUCCAGUGACAAAGACGAAGUCCGCCUGUACUGCCCACCCGUGAACAACAGUCUAUAUGAUGAUGCGUUCAUUGACAGAUGGAGCAUUUUGGAGGCCUCGACUAGUCGAAAUGCAGCAGGUACCACUGGUAACAUUAGUGUGGGACCUAUCAUCAACAUGAGAGAUGAAUGCCAGCUAAUAUUCUUCAGAUGGCGACCUCAGUUUGGAUUUCAUCUACCAUUCACUACAGUAGUCGGUCAGAACGUUCUUGUGACGUUUCCUGACGGUGGAGCUCAACCUCUGCAAGGUCAUAUUGCCAUGACUGGUAGCCCUGGUGAGCUACGAAUCACCUGGGUCUCAUCCAAUGCAUCCAGUGCAGACCCUUCUGUUUGGUAUCGCAAAGAAAAUGAGCCAGAUAGUACGGCGCUGAGAAUUUCGGCACUGCCAGGCACCACGUAUGCAGCUGGUGAUUUGUGUGGAGGAGCAGCAGCCACAGUUAAUCCGAAUAAAUUCCGUGAUCCCGGACUCAUUUACAGUGCUGUUAUGACGGGUCUCACACCAAACACUGCAUACACGUACUGGUACGGCUCUGAUGACAACGGCAAACUUACCCUCUCACCAGAGCAAAACAUAACAACUCCACAGGCAACAACAAACACGGGACAACAAACAACUUGUCGUAUAAUUGCUUUUGCUGACAUGGGUGUCUGGGGCGGCAAGAAUGUCUCGAGUUUGCCCACCAACAGCAAGUCCAAGUCUGUUGUGGACUUAAUCCAGAACAGGUGGCUGAACGACAGUGGCACCAUCGAUAUGAUUGCCCAUGUGGGUGGCCUAUCCCAUGCUACUGGCAAGGGGUAUGUCUGGGAGAGGUUCUUCUAUCGUAUCGAGCCCGUAGCAACACGAGUGCCAUACCACGUGGGUGUGGGAAACUACGAGUAUGGAUAUGUAGGUCAACCAACGGCCAAUGACCCCAGUGGAGUGAAGGUGAGCUACAAGCCAAGCUGGGCAAACUAUGGAAAUGACUCCAACGGCGAAUGCGGUGUGCCCACGGCAGAGCGAUUCCACAUGCCCCAGUCUCCAGGAAGCAAUGGUGUGUUCUGGUACAGUGUAGAUGUAGCUAAUGUACACUUUGUCAUGAUCAGCACUGAACAUGACCUCAGCCCUGGAUCUGUGCAGUACAACUGGUUGAAAUCUGAUCUCGGAGCCAUCAACCGGGCUACCCAACCAUGGGUCGUUGUUGCUGGUCAUCGACCACUCUACAACAAUGAGAAACGUCAGCAAGAUGAUGAUCUGCCAGUGCAACGCAAGCUGAGAGAGUUUCUGAAUCCGGUCUUUGCAGAGUUUUCUGUUAACCUCUACGUGUGUGGUCAUUACCACAACUAUGUUCGCACCGCACCAAUAUCAAGCAAUGGCAGUGUGGUGUCUACAGGCACAGUACACAUCACUGCCGGCACUGGUGGCGCUGAUCUUGGCACUGGCGAGUAUCAUCCAGUUCCCUGGGCUGUCAAAAACUUGACAACAUUUGGAGUGAUUUCUAUUGAAACAAGCGGACCACAGACAAUGGCAGUGGAGUUUGUUAGCACAACUGGAUCAGUACUGGACUCUGUUACGAUCAAGCAGAACCAAAUGGUCAUGAGCGUCUACCAGGCAACUCAAGAUCGCAUCAACACCAACACCAACCAGCCGUCAAAUGUCACCAAUAACAUGAAUACCAUGAACAACACGAAGCACUUGAACACCUCGCCAGCGGGCGGUGUCCUUUACGCGAGUAGUGUCUGCACUGUGAUCAACGUGCUCAGCCUGGUAUACGUAUUCAUGGGUUGAAGCCGGGUCAGCUUGAAGUCUGAUCAACGCCGCUGUAUUUGUGUUCAUGAAAAAUUGCACGCCACAUCAGGUGGAACUAUCUCUGCUCUGAAGUAACGUGAGUUCCAUGCAACAAGAGGACUCGCCAGGAAACUCACUCUUUACACGUACAGAAAGAGGGAGAGACCUGGGAAGUUCUGCAACUCCCUCAUCAUUUGAGAUACUAUCUAUGGAGUAGGGAAACUGAGAAUCCACAAGCACUGGGAUUCCACUCAAUAACUUAUUUUAAAAGCAUAAUAAUAUCAUAAAAUUAUGUUAACACGUCAUUCUCAGAAUUUUAAUAUCAAAAUUCUGAGUUUUUUUAUUCACGGCUUGAGGGAAAGACUCAAUGUUUUGAGGUACUUUACUUUUGUAAUUUUGUACUUUUCAUGACCUGGGUUCCCAGUUCCCGUCUACAUCUAAUUUCCAGGGCAGAAACCAUGUUUUUAAGUCGCGCACUAACGUCGCACGCGCUUAUUAUCACGAUCGCGUGUACUUUUGUACAUGCAUGAUUGUGUUGCUAUGUGAGAA